CGACGGUUUGGGAUGGACUCAGUCUGGCUCUUAUCUCCGGUUGUGCUGGUUAUUAUGGGGUCCACAAAACUAUAAUUUCGCUUCUAUCUUAGAGAUAACACGAUAUUUCUUGGUUCUACGUUGCAUGUGCAAUUGUCGUGUGUCGUGAAAAAGGAAGCAUAGCCGAAGAGAGACACCAGAAAUCUGUACGCACGAAACAAACAAAAAAACAAAACAAAAGGAUAGUGAACAAUACUUACAAAAAGAGAACGAUAACAACGACGUAAAAAUAACAAAACGUAAACGAGGAGAGGUGAAAAAUGUUGCGCUCGAGAGGCCGCAGGAGAGAAGGAUGGAGCUUCGUGGGAGGAAGACCGUCGUUGCCUCCUUCGCUGGCGCUACUGUGUGCCUUGGCGUUGCACCCCGCAGUUGCAUUCAAUGUGAACCUUGACGAUGUUCAAGUCUUGCAACCGCCGAUGCAGACUGGGAUCCACUUCGGCUUUUCUCUCGCUCAUUUCUUCAAUGGGACUGACAGGAGGCUCCUGGUGGGAGCUCCGUUGGCCAACACCUCGCAGGACGUGAGCCAGCCUGGCGCCCUCUACACCUGCGACCUCAGCAGCAGUCCCUCGUGCACGCAGCUGGAGGUGGACACACGCAACGCCGACGACAAGUACGCGACCUGGAUACACGAGGACAAGAAGGAGAAUCAGGGACUAGGGUUCUCACUCGUCGCCUCCGAGGAGAUUGUGGUGGUGUGCGCCCCACGAUGGCACGUCUAUGAGAAACUCGUGGGCGGUGACAAGGAUUUAGCUUCAGGUAUCUGUUUCUUUGCCAGUCCUCCGGAUUUCAACAAAUUCACUGCUUUUGCACCUGCCUAUGACGUAAUAGGCUUAGCUGCUAAGGACGUGAGUUAUACGAACAACGGCACAUGUCAAGUGGGAAUAAGCAUGUCAUACAGUGAGGUAAC